AUGACUGUCUUUUGUGAUAAAUGUUCUCAAGAUGAUGAAAAAACCGAAGCAACUCAUGCAUGUCCAACAUGUAAAUUAAAUUUCUGUGAAGGACACUUGUCAUUCCAUAAUUCAUCUGCCAAAACAAAGGAUCAUGCAUCCCAAGUGAAGAGUUUGAAUUCUAAUAACUGUUCUCAUUGUGAAAAGUUUCAUGGAGAAACUUGGCCAGCUCAAUACGAAUGUGCCGAAUGUGGUGGUGUGAAAUUGUGUGAUUUACACAAGAAAAUUCACGAUCGUUCACCAAAACUUUCACAACACAAAGUUUCCAUGGUUGGUUGUAAAUCAGUUCCAUUCAGUGGUGAAUUUAAAAAGGUUUGCAAGUUGGGCGAUAAGGACGAAACUAACAUUAAUUUGGAUUAUCCAAUGACAUGUGCAGUUGAUGUUAAAAAUCAAUUGAUUUUUGUUGCAUGUCAUUAUACUAUUAAUGUAUUCGAUGCCAAAACUCAUUUGUUCAAAUAUCAAUUUAAGGCACCUAAGGAAGAAACCAUUACUUGUUUGAGAAUUGAUUACAAUGAUAAUGCAAUUGUUUUUUGUAAUUCUAGAAAGUGGGUCACUAAAAUGUCACUUGAUGGAAAGGUUGUUUUCUGGAAUAAGUCAUUUGACAAUGAAACUGGUGACUUGUAUUUGUGUGUUGAUAGUGAUUCAACUGUUUAUUUACUUGUUAGUGAAUAUAGAAGUGCAAAUAUUAGAGUUUUGAAUGGAAAGGAUGGUUCUGUAACUAAUACUUUGGGUUCUGAUUCAAAUGGUAAUUGUUUAUUGAGUAAUGCAACUAUGGUUUCAAUUGAUUUGGAAGGAAAUUUGUGUAUUGGAGAUGGAACUAACAAGUAUCAAUUGGUUUCCAUGUCAAAGAAGGGCAAAGUCUUGAACAAGCUCGAUAGAAAUCACAAUUAUGGAAGACUUGGAGAUAUUAUUCACUUGGAUAAUGGUGAUAUUUUCUGUAUUGAAAAGACAAGUGGACAAUGCAGAAUUGAAUUAAUCACAAAGGAAUCUGGUGUCAAGAUUUGUGAAAAGGUCGAUGGAAAGAAUUUCAAUGGAUGUGAUUUGGCAAUUGCUUACAAUGGACAAAAUGGUGAAUUGGUUGUUGCUAGUAAGGAAAAUUCUGCUGUUUACAUUUUGAAAUAA